AUGGAAAAACUUCAAGUUUCGAAUUUCAAGGCGUCCUUACAACACUUUUCAUGGAUAGAUUAUUGGGUGUUUGUUCUAUUAUUGAGUGUUUGUGGUGGGAUAGGAAUUUAUUUUGGGUUUAUACAGAAACAAAGUACGCCACAGGAGUACUUGAUGGGUGGAAGGAAAAUGAAAUUACUACCGGUGUGCUUUUCACUAGUUGCGAGUUUUAUUUCAGGAAUAUCACUUUUAGGCAUACCAACAGAGCUAUAUGUUUUCGGAACGUCAUAUUUUUUCACAAUUAUUGGAACACUGAUGAUGUCUAUUAUCAUAAGUAAUACAUUUCUCCCAGUUUUGUUUGAUUUGAAGUUAACGUCUGCUUAUGAGUACCUACAACUGCGUUUUGAUAAAAGGAUCAGAGUAUUUGGAUCUAUUUUAUUCACAACGUAUUUGUUGGCGUGGCUGCCUAUUGUAAUUUACGUACCGGCAUUGGCUUUUAAUCAAGUAACUGGCGUCAAUAUUCAUAUAGUGUCACCAAUUGUAUGCCUUGUAUGCAUUUUCUACACUUCUGUGGGAGGGCUUAAGGCUGUUGUUUGGACCGACGUUAUUCAAACUAUCGUUAUGAUUGGAGCAAUGAUUUUAGUUAUCGUCAGGGGCACUAUGAUCGUUGGAGGUUUUGGCAAUGUCAUUCAAAGGAACUGGAACACUAAAAGAAUUGAGUUUCCUCCAUCAAAUUUUGACUUAACUGAGAGACAUUCUAUCUACGCUGUAACGAUAGGGGCCACGUUUCAUUGGAUUGGUAAUAUUGCUGUUAAUCAGUCAAUGAUGCAAAGGUUUCUAGCGUUAUCGGACUUAAAUACUUCUAAAAAGGCUGUGUGGGGCUUUUUCUUUGGCGUUUUAUUAAUUAUGCUACUUUGUGGCUAUAGUGGUAUGCUAGCAUAUGCUAGAUAUUAUGAUUGUGAUCCCCUUGACUCCAAGUUGGCAUCGGCUAAAGACCAGCUCCUACCGUUAUUAGUAAUGGAUGUGCUGGGCGAUUUGGAAGGUAUGCCAGGGGUUUUCGUGGCGGGAGUUUUUAGUGCUGCCCUCAGCUCUCUAUCUACGGGACUUAAUUCUAUGGCGGCUGUAGUAUUGGAAGAUUUUUGCAAACCAUUUUUCAAGGAGUUAAGCCAGCGCCAAACGCAAAUAUUAGUUCAAUCAGUCGUAGUAAUUUUUGGAUGUUUAUGUGUUGGUCUCGUGUUUGUUGUGGAAAUGUUGGGUCCUGUACUGCAAUUGGCUAUGACGUUAUGCUCUGCAUCUAUGGGACCUCUAACUGGGAUAUUCCUAAUGGGACUAUUUUUACCAUUUAUUGAUGGGACUAGUGCCCUAUUUGGUGGUCUUGUUGGGAUAGCAUCAGCUGGCUGGAUCGCUGCACAAUCACAACUUGCUCAGGCACAUAGUUUACUUGUAUUUAAAGAGAAACAGAGGUUAACAUACAACUGCACUUAUGAAUUUGAACCUGCAUCGAAUUUAACUAAAACAAAUGGAGACGUUCCUUACAUAUACAGUCUAUCUCACUUAUGGCUGACAGCUUUGGGGUGUACUGUAACCAUUAUAGUAGGAUCUUUGCUAAGUUUAAGGGAACGCACCGUUUACGAAAAAGAUGAAAAACUAUUCUCUCCCGUGCUAAGAAAAUGGAUCACAAACAAAAGAUGUGUAUGUAAAUUUUAA